AUGCGCCCACUAUCAGGUUUAUCGGCGCUGCUGACGGCGCUGGCACUCCCAGCUGCCGCUGUCGCAGAACUUUCACAGCGGGAUCUCCAGCCUUUGCCACUAUCCGUCCGAGACCAGUACAUCGUCGACGCGAAGAAUGCGACUGUUGCCAUGGUCGGCGUCAACUGGGCGGGCCACGAACGCACCAUGAUUCCGGAGGGCCUGCAGUAUCAAUCCGUCGAGCACAUCGUCAAGAAGAUUGCUGAAACUGGCUUCAACUCUGUCCGCUUGACUUUUGCCAGUGAGAUGGUGGACGACAUUGUCGAAGGAGGAGGAGACGCCAAUCUGAAGGCAACUUUGCAGAAUGCCCUCGGUCCGGAAAAUGGCACUGCCGUAAUGAAGCAGAUCAUCAAGAAUAACCCUGCUUUUAACGAAAGCACGAAGCGGCUCGAAAUCUGGGACGCCGUUGCCGCUGAGCUUGGCCGCCAGAAGAUCUACCUCCACCUAGAUAACCAUGUAUCCAAGGCAGGAUGGUGCUGCACCCCCUAUGACGGAAACGGUUGGUUCGGCGACACAAACUUUAACACAUCCAACUGGGUUCGAAGUCUGUCGUUCAUGGCGGAGCACGGCAAAGCCGCCAACUGGUCUUCGUUCUCCAGCAUGGGCCUCCGCAACGAACUGCGUGAUCCCUUUUCCGCAGCUCCUCCCCCGAGUCUGGAGAACACGACGUGGGUGACAUGGAAGACGCGCAUGGUCCAAGGCGCCAACGCGAUCCACAACGCCAAUCCCGACGUCUUGAUCUUCUUCGGCGGCCGCAUCUUUGACUUUGACAUCUCCGCGCCGGUCCAAGGCAAGUUCGGAAGCGAACCCGGCUUCAACUUCUCCAUCGCCGAGUUCCCGUUCAAGAAUAAGUUCGUCUUCGAGCAGCACCAGUACGACCAGGGGCUCGUCGACGACAGUUGCAAUAACUACAGAGAUAUCCUCACGGCGUUCGGGUCCAACGUCAUGACCAUCAGUGACAACGGGACCAACCGCGCGCCGUUAGUCAUGUCGGAAUGGGGCCAUGACCAAACUGACGAGAGUGGCAUGUACAAGAACAAGUUUCGCAGAUGCCUGAUGGACUUCAUGGUCGAAAAGCAGAUCAGCUGGAUGGUUUGGGUCUUGGGUGGAAGCUACUACACGCGCGAAGGCGUGCAAGACAAGGACGAGCCUUGGGCUCUGCUAGACCACAACUGGAGUUCAUACCGAGGCAAGGCUUCCAUCGUGCAGCUUCAGCGUGAUAUGGAGAAAACAUACGAGGCCUUCAACCAGAGCAUGCCGGCAGCGGGUAGAAGCCCAGGGAACCAGCCCAAGAGUGCCGCCACUAGCAUCUCACGGAAUUUGCCAGCGUCCGUGGUACUGGGCACUAUUGCUGCCGUGUUUCUUCAUAUGGGAGCUUCUUGA